ACUUCUUGCCAAACAGAACCUAAAUUGAUAAGGACUUGCUGCAAAGACGAGACGGGAUGAAUUUGGUGGUUUAGUAUACACGCCGACUUGAGUCCCUCGAUUUUUUCUCCAUACACCAAAGGCUUUGUACUUGUGGUGUCUUGUCCUCUUUCUUUCUCUCGGGGUUAGAUCUGAACCACUUUGUAUUCGACAAUCCUAUUUUAUUCCACAGUCAACCAUCGGUUAUGGCAAAAGGCUUCAACGGAACACGAAUUGUUCUUAGUAUUUUAUUGUUAUGUUUCACCUCUCUUAUUAAUAUCCCUCAAACCAACGCCAUUUGGUUAAGUAUCCCUAGUUCAGGAACUAAGUGCGUGUCGCAGGAUAUCCAAACACACGUUGUUGUUUUAGCCAAUUACUAUGUUGUUGCCGAUAAUAUCCAGGGUCAUCCACUUCCUACUAUUUCUGCCAAGGUGACAUCUCCAUAUGGAAAUAAUCUUCACAACAAUGAAAAUGUUACCCAAGGUCAAUUUGCAUUUACAACUACGGAGAGUGGUAGCUAUGUAGCAUGCUUUUGGAUGAAUAGCAAAAAUCUAGCAGGUUCUUCAAUUAGUCUUGAAUGGAAAACUGGAAUCUCUGCCAAAGAUUGGGACUCUGUUGCAAAAAAGGAAAAGAUAGAGGGAGUUGAACUUGAGCUAAGGAAACUUGACGGAGCUGUGCAAGCCAUCCAUGAGAAUCUGUUAUAUUUAAAGAACAGGGAAGCAGAGAUGAGAGAAGUUAGUGAAGCAACAAAUGGCAGAGUUGCUUGGUUCAGUAUAAUGUCUCUUGGUGUAUGCGUUUCGGUUUCGGUGUUGCAGCUGUUGUAUCUGAGACGCUACUUUCGGAAGAAGAAGCUCAUAUAGAUUUUACUUUCUUAUAGCACUUGUCAAAACCAAAUUGUUUUCUGUAAGUUUUGGAGAUUUAGUUAUGACUUGUAUAGUAUUUUUCAUGUAUAAUUGGGGGUUGGUGGAUUGCCUCUACAAGGGGUAUGGUGGGAGUUACAUAUAUUCUGAAUUUAGGAGUUUUGUUACUUUAUUCCAUGUGGUUAAUUGAACAUCUUCUGUAACUAUGAACUUCUCAUGUCACUUAUAGUACAAUAGAAAAAGCAAUUGCAGUUCAGCAUGUCUAA